AAAACCUCUCUCAAUUUUAGCCAAGAUUUAUAAUCAAGAACAUAUACAACAUACAAGCUUCAUAUUUACUCAUGACACUAAUGGAUGUUCUUGGUUACUGUGUUAUUCCCUUGAUAAUCCUAUGUUUCACUUAUUGGUACUUGAAAAAUAAAUGGACCAAAGCUUCAAAACCAACAUAUUGGCCCAUUAUUGGAAUGUUGCCUGGAUUUGUUCAUAAUGCUCAUAGAAUCCAUUCAUUUUUCACUGAUCUUCUCUUAGAAACUAGUAGCAAUUUCGAGUUCCGUGGCCCUAUUUUCGCCAACAUGGACAUGUUAUUCACUAGUGAUCCUGCAAAUAUCCAUCAUAUCUUGAGUCGAAAUUUCUCAAACUAUCCAAAGGGACCUGAGUUUCGUGAAAUAUUCGAUAUAUUAGGAAAUGGUAUCUUCAAUGUUGAUUCUGAAUUAUGGGAGAUUCAUAGGAAAACAACCAUGUCCUUAAUGAACCAUGCCAAGUUCCAAACUUUGUUACAACGUAACGUAUGGGACACGAUCGUUAAAGGUAUUGUUCCAACUCUUGAUAUUUUUGCAAAACAGGACACCCCUGUUGAUUUGCAAGACAUUUUUCAGAGAUUUAGUUUCGAUACUAUUAGUAAAAUAUUACUUGAUCACGAUCCCAAAAGUUUGUCUGUAAAUCUACCUUAUGUACCAUGUGAAAAGGCGUUCAACGACAUGGUUGAUGCACUUUUAUAUCGACAUGUCUUGCCUGAAAGCUGUUGGAAGUUGCAAAAAUGGCUUCGAAUUGGUAAAGAAAAGAAUCUAAUGAACGCGUGGGAGGCUCUUGAUCAAUUCAUAUAUCCUGCUAUAUCGAAAAGGCAAGAGAAGUUGAUGAGUAAUAAAAUUAAAGACGAUGAUUUUGACCUAUUCAGUGACUAUGUCAAAGCAUAUAAUCAAUGGAUAAAUGAAGAUGAUAAGCAUUUGGGAAGUGUAGAAAAAUUUCUAAGAGAUACUUUCUUGAAUUUGAUGUUUGCUGGUAGAGACACUACAAGUACAACUCUCACUUGGUGUUUUUGGCACUUGGGUAAAAAUCCCUUAGUUGUGAAAAAGAUUCGAGAAGAGAUUCAACAACAAUUCCAUCUAAAAGAAGACGAAAGUCUCAAGUUUUUCAACAUAGAUGAGUCGCGAAAAUUGGUCUAUCUACAUGGUGCAUUGUGUGAAGCUCUUAGACUAUUCCCACCCGUUUCAAUUGAGCAUAAAUCUCCACUUAAACUUGACGUCCUACCAAGUGGUCAUCGUGUGAGUCCAAACAUGAAAAUAUUGAUAUCGUUUUAUACAAUGGGGAGAAUGGAGAGUUUAUGGGGAAAAGAUUGUUUAGAGUUUAGGCCAGAGAGAUGGAUUACUGAACGUGGAGGGCUUAAACAUGAGCCAUCUUACAAAUUUCCAGCGUUUCUCGCAGGGCCAAGGACUUGUGUUGGGAAGGAAAUGGCAUUCAUUCAGAUGAAAAUGGUGGCAGCUACCAUGAUAUACAAUUACAAUAUUCAAUUAUUGGAAGCACAAACAAUUUCACCAACAGCUACUGUUGUGAUUAGAAUGACAAAUGGUUUGAUGGCUAAAGUAGUUAAAAGGGUUGCUAUUUAGUUCAAAUGAAUGCUAGUGAGAAGUGUGUUUCAUUUCCUAUAAAUAAAUUGUAUGUUUAGACUUCAAGUUUUGAAUAAAAUUUGUCUUUCCUUU